CUAAAGAAUGAAUCACGUCAAAAGAAUGUGACCUUAAUUCAUUACAUAAUACGGUUUUAAUUUAUACGUCGCUAAUAUUAGAUAAAUCCUUGUCGCAAUAGUGAAAGUUGCUAUCAUAUGGUUCUGCGGUCAGUUGGCGGCAAAACCCAACGUUGACAGUUCGUUUAUUUUUUUUUAUCUGUGAAGUGUUGUGAAAAUGAUUUAAAAACUAAAUGGUGCAUGAAUAAUCAAUAUGGAAAUUAAACUCGUUAUUUUCUCGGCUCUGCUUUCCUUUGUGUCAUGCGGCGUCAUCAUACCGGAAGAGCUACCGUCUUUGUUAUCUGUGGCGUAUUCUAACAUCCCUCCCAUAAAGAAAGGAACCGAUUCGAGGAUAGGUUUUGGCUUCGCCUUCGGGAACCAUGCGGACUUCCAGGUGAUGCUGGAACUUGGGCCUCAGACGAACACUAUGAAUCUCACCGGACAACCGUUCCCCAAAAACGGCAAUGCGAACAGCAAACGGCAGGCGCCACCGCUACCACCCGCGAAAGUGAACAAGAACAAAGACAAGUACCUACAAUCGGAUGCAGGGAAAUAUCUCCAGAACUGGGCACAGAAGAUGAAAUCCCCUCCGAAACCUGUCAAGCGUCCAGCGUCAAGACCUGGUGACGUCAUUAACCUAGAAGAUUCUAUGGUCGAACUGGUGCAAAACGAUAAGGGAGAAUACGAAAUCCAUCAGCCGAAGCCAGGACACAUGUCACAGUACGUUCUGGACAACUUGAAAAAGCUGUACGGCCAGAAGAAGGACGAGGCAAAGAAAAUGACGGAAAAGACGAGAAGUGAAGCAGAAGUUAAGAAGAUAACGGAAGAUUUAUCUAAUGUUGAUUUGGAUUGAGUAAAUGAUUUUUCUAGGGA